CCCAUUACAAACUUCUCCAUCUGGAUUAGCAAGCCCGACCCAAUGCGGAAACAAGAAGCACGCAAGAGGAAGCCAACGCCGGUGGAAUCCAACAAAUGCUCGCCGGCAAAGUUCGCCAAAAAAGACACCGAAACCAAUCUCAAAGAUCCGUACCCGAACUAUCCUCACCCCACAUCUCAACAAUGUCGUGCCGUUCGUGACGACCUCUUAGCUUUUCACGGAUUCCCCCAACAGUUCGCCAAAUACCGUGAACAAAGAUUAGCCACUGCUUCAAACGGCGAUGAAAACAAUUCCACAACGUCACCGGUACCGGUAGUUUCUCCAAAAGAAAGCGUUUUGGACGGGCUAGUGAGCAUCAUAUUGUCGCAAAAUACUACUGAUGCUAAUUCUCAAAAGGCCUUUUCUUCACUCAAAUCUGCUUUGCCUACAUGGGAGGAUGUUCAUUCUGCUGAUUCAAAGUGCAUUGAGGAUGCUAUUAGAUGUGGAGGAUUAGCCCCGACAAAAGCUUCUUGUAUAAGGAAUAUGUUGAAUUGUCUUCUUGAGAAGAGAGGGAAGCUAUGCUUGGAAUACCUUCGGGACUUAUCGAUUGAUGAAAUAAAGACAGAGCUUUCUCAGUUCAAGGGGAUUGGGCCUAAAACGGUGGCAUGUGUAUUGAUGUUUAAUCUUCAGCAAGACGAUUUCCCUGUAGAUACACACAUUUUUCAGAUAGCAAAGGCAAUUGGUUGGGUGCCCAUAGAAGCAGACACUAAAAAGACGUAUCUUCAUCUCAACAAGAGAAUACCAAAUGAACUGAAAUUUGACCUAAAUUGUCUCUUGUUCACCCAUGGUAAGGCCUGCCGAAAAUGCAUAAAGAAAGAAGACAACCAGCAAAAGAAGGAAACCGGUUCAUGCCCUUUACUUAACUACUUGAAAAAAGAUUAGAUUUCAUCUCAUCUCAUUUUGUUGGAUUGUACAGAAAACUGAAGCAGAUAUUUUUGGAUGAGUAUGGUUCUCUUUCGCUUAUUUUUAUGCUUCCUUUUAUUGUGUACUCAAUGGUCCAACCCUGAUAUGCAUAAUCUCACAUCAACAUAUGAUAA